AUGAAGCUCUCCCUCGUCUUCACCCUGUUCGUGGCCGCCGCCGCCGCCUCGCGAGGCAAGCCGAGACUGGCGCGUCCGGGUCCGGCAGACAACAGAGUCGCCGGCCAACCUGCCUCCCAACCGCAGCGGCAACCCCCCCAGGGGCAGAAUCCCCAGGGGCAGAACCUCCAAGGACAAGCCCCCCGGGGACAAAACCUCCAGGGACAAAACCUCCAGGGGCAGAACAUCCAGGGGCAGAACCUCCAGGGGCAGAACAUCCAGGGGCAGAACCCUCAGGGGCAAGCCCUCCCGGGACAGAGCCACCAAGAGCAAAACUCGCCGGCAUCGAACAACCGGGUCCCAACCCAGGCCCAGCCCAUGGUGACCACUGCGUCCUCCGUGCCCGCCGUUGCCGCCGGGUCAAAGGGACCUCAAGUGGCGGCCUCCUCCGUUUCUGGCGUGCGAGUCGUCAACGCGCCGGCGACGGUCCCGGACGCGAACCCGGCACGGCCCAUCUGGUUCCUCGCCGGCACGACGGCCAAGACAAACGACGGCGACUGGCGCGAGCGAUCCGUCGAGCUCCUCAAGGGCUACGACCUGGACCUGUACAACCCGACCCGAAACGACUGGGGACCCGACUGGAAAAACUCCCUCUCGGACGCCAACUUUCGAACGCAGGUGAACUGGGAGCACAGGAACAUGGAGCGCGCCGAGACCAUCGUCGUCUUUCUCCACAGGCAGACGCGAGCCGAGAUCAGCUUGAUGGAGCUUGGCCUCCACACCAAGGACGCAAGCAAGACCAUUCUCGUCUACGCCGACCCCGAGUACGCCCUGCGAGGCAACGUCGAGGCCUUGGCCGAGAAUUACAAGAAGCACAACAUCCGCCUCUUCCAGUCCGAGCGCCAACUGCACCAGGCCAUGCUGGAACACGCCAAGAAGGUGACGGGGAAGCAAACGACGUCGUAG